UGUCUUCUUUCAUUUUCAAGUGGUGUGGAGGAGAGCUUUGUGUGGUGAAAGGCUAAGAAGUCUCUCUUGUUGGUAAGGGGCUCACUCGAUAUCCUCGAGGGGGGUAUUGGUCCGAAGCUCGAGUUAACGACUUGCUCUCUAUUCCUUCCGAUCAAAGAGCCCAUAACAAGCUUCUUGUUUUGGAUAAAUCUUGUGUUGGGAAUUUGUGGAGAGGUGCGCAACGUCAAGAAGGUAGUAUUUUUUUCACUCAACGUUUUCAAGCGCGUCCCCAUCCUUUUGUUGACCCGAGCUUUAGAGAAGGUUAGUGGUCCCUUCUCUUUGAUUCGUCAUUUAACGGAAGAAGAACGUUUCCUUGCAAACUGUUAUUAUAAGAGGAUGACUUUCAAGGUUUGUGGAGCGGAUGAUGCUGUCGCUAGGGGUAAGACUAAUUUACUUGGAAAGAGGUCUAAGAAGACCACAAGUCAUGUUGUGAAACCUCGAGUUCCUGCUAAGGAACAUGGAACCGAUAGCUCUCAGUUGCCAGCUGAUGGUGUGGUUGCGGCUUCUCCACUGAGGGGUGACAGCGAGUUGUCUAUUGAGGAGAGUAUGAUCAACCUGUCCAUCUCUUCCAACAUUUCGGCCUACUCUGACCCUGCUUUUAUCGAAGGUCAUGUUGAGGCUCUUCUCCAUCCGAGAGAUGAAGAGCGUUUGAGGGGCAUCGGAGUUGCGGGGCGAGCGAAUUACGGUGUUUCUACGAUUUACCAAGCUAUUCAAGCAGUCCUCUACUUAAGGCGUGACACAAUUUCGCUUGAUCAAAAGAACAGAGCUUUGAACAAGGAGCAUUCUAGACUUAGAAAGGAAGUGGAGAACUUGAAACUGGAAGGAGAGACUACCAAAUCAUCAUAUGACAAGCUAAAACGGGAUUAUUCCUCGUUGAAUACUGAGUUGGAGCGUGUGCGUGCCAAACUCAAGGAGGAGGAGGCUAAGUAUGUCGCAUUGUACCAGGAGGUUGAUGAUAUUUCACUCAAGACUGCCAUCAAGACAAGGGGGGAGUUGAUGAUACAGUAUAAGAAAGGGCUCCAUCGUGGAUGGGACGUCGAUGGUGCUAUUGCACUUCAUGAAGAAUAUUUGGCUCUUGAGCAAGAGAAUGAAAUGGAUGUUGACGCUCAUAUCUCUGUGUUUGAUGAGGGCGCUGAUGCUCAUACCUCUGUCCCUAGUAUGGGUGUCGACGCUCAUACUUCUGUUUCUGGCGGGAGUGGCAUUGACGAUGUGAUGUUCUCCAUUGCUGAAGAUGGUACCAUUACUCCAUAGUGGGUCUUUUAAGUUCUCCCUUUUGUUUACAAGUGACAAUUGAUUUAAACUUUAGGUCCAAUUUGUUUAAAGUAUGAACAUCGCCAUUGUGGCAUUAAGUAUGUAUGCUUAACGAUCCUUUUGAUGUGCGGACAUCCUCUUAGUGAUGACCCUUUUGAAUUUUAUGACGCUUUGAUGUAUGAACGUUGCUUUUGUGGUGGUGUGACUUAUUAUCUUAAUUUGGUA